UCCUAAGUCAAAACUGAUCCUAUACCCGUAAACUUAUAAAAAUAAGAAAUUUUAAAAUAAUUCAGUGAAAACAUAUGAAAUAUAAUGAAGUUUCUUCAAAUACUUAAGUAGUUCAUUGUUAUUUUCUUAAAAAAAUUAAUUCAUUACUCUAGAAACUAGAAGUAUUAGGAACAAGAAUCUGAUUUGCAACGACAAUGCACUUUUUUAGUAAACUAAUUAGUAAAAUCUAUUUGUUAGCAGUACCAUGGUAAGGACUGAAAGGCACUCCCUCCUCUAUAGGGAUAUGCCGUGAUGGCAAGAGAGGAACCUCGAAAUAAAAAACCGUUUAAAGUAUGGGAUAGCUGGAGGAGUAUAAGAAAAGGAUUAGUUGUAAGCAAUUUUGAAGAACUUAUUCAGAAAGGAAAAGAAAAACUUGGAAUUCCCACAAAUGAGCUUGUUUCACUAGUGUUAGAAUGUGAUGGAACCCAAGUCGAAGACGGAGACUAUUAUAGAACAUUAUCUAAUAAUACAAUUCUUCUCCUUCUACGAAACGGUGAAAGAUGGGGCCCAGCUGGUGUUGAUGUAAUACGUGCUGCUAUUACUGCAAUUCCUAAAAUUGUUUGUGAGACAAUUCAUGCAUUGGAGUUACACGAUGAGAUGCCUUCAUGGAAGAUUAUGGAUAAUAAGGGUAGAGUUACUGUGGUAUUGCAUUGGGAUCAACGAUCAUCAUCAAUGACACAAACUCAGCAGUCAAAGAUUCCUGAGAGUGGACAAUCUUCUAGGUAUUCACCAACUAAAAAGGUUGAUAUUGAUUCAUCCAAGUGUACACCGCUAGUAAUUCAAACGAGUUUUGAUAAAGUUAAUUAUGACAGCAAACCGUUAGUCUACCCCGACAUUAUUGGCCCCAGAUCACAUCACAGUAGUCCACAAAUAACUGUCAUAAACCAUGAUGAUGUAGUAGAGAAAAGUAUUGCCAGUCUGAGUAAAAGUUCCUACGGUUCAUCAGCUCAACACGGCCAUCUUGUUAAACAAGGUGCUAACUCCUUUGACAAUGCCAUAAUCCAUAUUCAUACUGCUGAGUGUUCAAAUAGUGUUUAUCAGUCCAUUGUGCGCAAUAGUAGUCCAGAGUGUAAAAUUGACAAUGAACUUCACCAAGAAUGCGAUUUUCAUUGCUGUGCUUUACACGAAGAAGGUAGGCGUAUUGCUGUUCAUAAGUCAGUCGCUACAUCUCCAAUCCUAGAUCCACAAUUACAUGGAACUUAUCAAUCCCCACAAACUUUUUCUCCACAACCAGCAAGCUCUCUUUCCGAUGGAACAAGACGCCAAGGUAUAACAAAAGGACACGUACGGUUUCGAGAUACUGCAACUGAAGAAGAUUCACAAUCUAGUUCUUAUACCUUACACCACGUACAUUCCCAACAUUCAGAACAAAAUGAGAGUUCAGAAUCUGAAACAGAAAAUACAAUUAUUGAAGAUGAAAUAGUAACUUCAGAAAAAUUUUUAUUACUUAUAGACCAGUUAACCGUUGAUCAAAAGCAUCACCUUAGUAUUAAAGAUAUAGGCAUCAUUCUUGAAAGGCUUAGUUCCAAAAUUCUUGAUGUUGAACGGCUUGACAGGGAAAGUGAAAGUGAAGAUUGUUAUAAUUGGACAAUAAAAGCAAUUAUAAGGGGGGAUAUGUUACGAGAACUAGGUGUUAUUUACAAUGGUAAUUAUUAUGCUAUUUCAGAACAUCCAGGGUAUAAAGAAGAUUCGGAGGAAAAUAACGAUGAUAAUGAAGAGGAGGAGGAGGAAAACAAGCUCUAGCAAAAGAUUUCAUGAUUGUUUACUAAUAAUAAACAAAUUUCGAGUUCAUUUGUAAAUUUUAAGCAACACACGUUGCAUUAGAAAAAAUUUAGUUUUGAACAUAAGACAAGUAUACAUUCAAAGACAUUCAAAGCAAAUAAAAAAAAAUAAAAAAUUGGAUACGUAACAUAAAAAUGUUUCAU